GGCUGUUUGCAGCGUGAGAACUGUCAGUUUAAUCAAUCAAACGUCAUACGUCAUGCAGUUUUCAACCUAAAUAAAUACAGUAAACACAUUUUUAAUAAUAUUCAAUUUAUCACUUUUACCGGCAUCAUUUAACACUUCCGCUGCUUAUAACUUAUUAUAAAGCAAGUUGUAACAGCUAUAUAAUGGUGCAAUAAAGAGUAAUAGUGCCAGUAUAGCAGAUUGUCACAUUCAGAGUAUUUAAAGAUAGUGUCUGCAAGUUAUUUUAAAAACGAAUGCCUAGCAGUUGUUAAAAUUCGUUUAAAACGGCAAAAUGUUGGUCUGGCAAAGUUCCUUAGACAAUGGGUGAUCCUUCUUUUCAUUAUUAGCUUUGCCUUGAUUUUUAUCAACAUAUUCCCGAGGUUCUACAUAAGAAAAUACAAUGUCAGAGAAAAAGGAGACAGAGAAGAUACUGUAUAUAAAUCUUAUGUAAAAAAUGAUGUCUCUCAAACAAAAACUGAAACAGAUAAUGAUGAUCCAUGUGAAACUAUCCACAUAGGCAUUGUAUGUGCAGGAUAUAACUCUAAUCUAUAUCUACAUACUCUAUUGAAGUCCAUAUAUUUCUAUAGAGUGAAUCCUAUACAUUUCCAUAUAAUCACAAAUAAGGCCUCGAAGCACAUACUGAAAACCCUUUUUGAUAGUUGGAAUGUUCCACAAGGUUUGUUCAAAAAAUACAGCACUGUUCUCUUAACAGGUGAUGAGACAGUGAUAAGUUUUAGAAAAUUUUCGGAUUUUCAAAGUUCUGAAAAUUUCGAUUUUUUUUAAAUUCUAAAGGUCUUCUAAAUUUUUGAGAAUGCCUAGAAUUGUGCAAAUUUUGAAAAUCUCCUAAACCUUGGACAGCCAUUAUGACUGUUACAGGCUAUUAUAAAAUACAAUGUUACAUUCUUCAAUAAAGGUUCUUCAAGAAAGCAUUACUGUUCGUUUAAAGUCCAAGAAGAGAUUGUUACUCAAAUGGCCUCAAGGAACAUGUGCAGAUAUAAAUCUGACCCUUAUGUUUCCCUCAGUUAUUUUUAAAAUAAUGUUUUAUUUUAUAUAUUUUUAUUAGGAAUAUCAAAACUUUGUUCAUAGGAGAGCUCUCCAAACUUGACAUAGCUAUCUAUCUUAAGCUAAAUUUGCUGAGGCACAAGAUCUUAAUUCUCAGAACAUAUCUCUCUAAGCAACUUGAUGAAGUCACAUUCUGUGGUUGUUUUAGGGCCAAGUGGCAACUGUCUUGUUUGCUCCUGAAAAGCGUAGUCCCUACAAACAAAUAUAUCACCCGUUCAAUUGAUCAGUAUUUGAACUAUGGAGCAGUUUUGUAAAAAACAUGUUUUUAUUUUAGUUUUUGUUACAUUUUAUGAUAUGAAUGACUUUCUGCAUGAUGUGAGAUGGAUUCCAAACAGUCAUUAUUCUGGAGUGCAUGGUUUGAUGAAGUUGGUGUUUCCCAAAGUUAUCCCUUUAACUGUCACAGACAAGAUUUUGGUAUUAGAUACUGAUUUGACUGUAGUAAAUGACAUAUACGAUCUGUGGAAAUUAUUCAGAAAGUUCACUGGAAAGCAGGCUGUAGGUAUAGUGGAAAAUCAAAGUGACUACUAUCUAGGCAUAAACACUUGGCCUGCCAUAAAUAAAGGGUUUAAUUCUGGUGUGUUGUUGUAUAAGCUAAGUGUCUUGAAAGAUAUUGAUUGGCCAAAUUUAUGGUCAAACAUCACAAAAAAGGCAGCACUGUUCUAUGGAUCUACUAGAUUAGCAGAUCAGGAUAUCAUAAAUGCUGUACUAAAAGAACAUCCUUUCCUUUUAUAUGAAGUGCCUUGUGUAUGGAAUACACAAUUAAGUGAUCAUACUCUCAGCCAUAAUUGUUAUAAGAAUGCCAAAGUUAAGAUAGUACAUUGGAACUCGCCAAAGAAAUAUAAAGUAGAUAAUAGAGAUGGGGACUACUUUCGCAGUUUAGCUGUAGGUUUCCAAGAAUAUAAUGGCAAUUUAUUGAGGAAAAAAUUGCAAGUUUGUGAUAUUGCACCAGUCAUAAUUAUGAAUGAAUCUGAGGAAUUCUGUUCAGAAUUCAGGAAUCUUUUGAACACCCCAUUUAGGACGCUGUUAUACUUCAGAGAGUAUGACUACAAACCAGUAGAUAAUGAUGUAACAUUUGUUGCACAAUUAUCAUAUGACAGGUUGCAGAGGAUAGAAGAGUUAGUCAAACUAUGGACAGGUCCGAUAUCGUUAACAUUAUAUGUGUCCGAUGCUGAACUGGUGAAAUGUAUAUCAUUCAUAACAAGUUCAGAGGUCUUGAAAGAACGUACGGACAUUGCAUACCAUGCUGUAUUUAAAGAUGGGGAAUAUUAUCCCAUAAAUAAGUUAAGAAAUGUUGGCUUGAGGAAUGUUCAAACCCCAUAUGUUUUCUUAGCGGACAUUGAUUUUUUACCUAGUAAAAGUUUGUAUAUCAACCUAGUCAAGCAUAUUUCGGACAUGGGCUCUCUAAAAAAGAAGGCGUUAGUUGUACCCGCAUUUGAAAUUCAGAAAAUAGGUACAUCAAUACCCCGCAAUAAAAGGCAACUUCUGAGCAAAUUAGAGGACAAAUCGGUGAUACCAUUUCUAUCUAGUGUUUGGGCUCCUGGCCAUGCCCCUACUGAUUAUGAAAAAUGGAAAACGGCUGAAGAAUCUUAUCAGGUUGAAUGGAAACCUGACUAUGAGCCGUACAUAGUUGUUUACAAAGACGUAGUAGGGUACAACGAAAAAUUUGUGGGUUUUGGUUGGAACAAAGUUUCACACGUCAUGGAGUUAGAAGCGCAAAAUUAUCAAUUUAUCGUUCUACCAAAUGUUUUUAUUGUACAUACUCCACAUACACCGAGUUAUGAUAUUGCUAGAUUCCGAUCUUCUCCUAUAUAUAGGCUGUGUCUUCAAAUGUUGAAAGAAGAAUUCAUCAUGAAGCUAAAUAAGAAUUACAAUCGACAUUUUGUGUAUACAAAUUCCUCAAUAAGUCUUAUGAAUGUCUACUUGAGACGAAGGAAAAGAAAUUUUGUACUCCCUGGAUCUCAAACCACUGUUGAGACUAAUACGGAUUAUCCCUCUAAUUCUGAAUGAUGUUUUACUCAUUUCUGGCUAUUUCAACAAAUUAUUUUUAUCAACACCGAUUAUUGGUAUUAUGAUGUUAUAUGAAUAUUAUUUAAUGAAAUAUAUGUGAUUUUAUCCUA